AUCACACCCCUCCCUCUAUAUUUUAUUUUCAAAAAAAUUCACAAACUACUCUGUUUCUUCUUCAAUGUAUUAAAAAAUGGCAGAUGAAGAAGAAUACGGCGACGUCGAAGUUAGCGACGAGCAGAAAAAAGAGAUCGCUAAAUGGUUCCUUCUCAACUCUCCCGCCGGUGAAAUUCAAUUCCUCGCUAAAGAUUUAAGAUCGGUUUUAAACGACGAACGAAUUUUUAAUGAAGCAGCAGACGAAGCAUUUCCUCUUUACAACAAAUCUCACAUGAUUUGCCUUGAAUUUCCCGAUAGAAGCGGCGAUGUUAUGAUUACUGAUUAUAAUGAGGUUAGUAAGAAUGAGUAUCUUGAUCCAAGAACUGCGCAGGUUGCUAUAGUUAAUCAUGUUAAGCAAGUUUGUACAGUGGGUAGACCUGCUUCAGAUGAAGAACUUCCGUCAGCCUAUAUCGAGGAAUUCCGUUGUGCUCUUGAUGCAGAAGUACUUAAAUAUGUUGGUGAAGCUUAUCCAAAAGGAGUUUGUUCUGUUUACUGUGUUAAUGGAAAAGAUGUGGAGGAACCAGGAUCAAAUUUUGAGCUUGCCGUGGUCAUCUGUGCUGUUAGACAUAGUCCACAGAAUUUUUGCAACGGAAGCUGGCGCUCAGUAUGGAAUAUUGAGUUCAAGGAUGACGUUCAAAUGCUGGCAAUAAGAGGAAAAAUAGAGGUUGGUGCCCAUUAUUUUGAAGAGGGCAAUGUUCAGUUGGAUGCAAAACAUGAUUGUAAAGAUGAAACAAUAUUUCAGGCCCUUGAUGAUUGUGCAUUUUCCAUAGCCAACAUCAUUCGCCACCAUGAAACAGAAUAUCUUUCUUCUCUCGAGGCUUCCUAUUCUAAUCUGCCAGAUACAACUUUCAAGGAUCUGCGGAGGAAACUUCCAGUUACUCGAACCCUAUUCCCAUGGCACAACACGUUGCAAUUCAGCUUGACAAGAGAUAUCCAAAAGGAACUGGGAAUUGGAAAAGAAUAGGACAAUACUAAUGUAUUCACCCCCGUGAUGAUAUAAAAAUUAUGAGUGAGAUCCCAACUUAUCGGUUUGAGAAGCGCUUGGAAUGUUCAAGUGAGGUGAUACGGUGCCAAAAUUGCAUAAGACCUGCAGAUAUUGAUCCAUUCGUGCGACUUUUAAAUUCUUUGAUAUGUUUCUAUUUUCUUGAUGGUAGUCAUUCUGCUGUUAACCUUUUGUAAUUGUUAUCGCUCAUUCAGUUUUGGUGUGCUGCCUUGUACUAUUCAAGGCAAGUUAUGUAAAGCUUUGUUAAUGAUAUUUUUGUACCUUGUUAUAUGAAAUCUUUGGAAGAGUUUGUUGUAUCAUAAAAAGAGCCUUGAAAAUUGAAAGUGUUAGCAACAGUUCAGCAUCA